GGAAAAAUUAUACAUUUUAAAGCCUUUGUCCAUCGUUCGUAUUUUGCCUGAUAGCCAAUUGUUUUUAAUCUCUGCCCGAUGUGCUACGUUCUGUAAAGUUGUAUGUACAUAUCGGUACAUAUAGUUAAUCAUUGACGGCUGGCUGACCCAUCAAUAACAAACGUAUGAGUGCAUUGCAUCGCUAUCGAGGUCUGCGCGUUCUUUUAAUAUGCACUACACGAAGUACAUGUAUGAACAUCGGACGAAAAAAACAAUGUAUUUAUUGUUACUAAUAAAAUAAAAGUGACAAGUUUCGUUUAGUGCUAUAAAAAAUAAUGCAAAACGACAAUGGGUCGUACGGCAGUGCUAGUGACCUACUGGACAGCCAUGUACUGGGCAACGACAAGCUCCGCGAGCCCGCCAUGGAGCGAUCCGCCAGGUCCAGCCUCGGCGGCAACAGCGUCGAUAUAGGAGAAAUAACUGAAUCUCCCGAUACUGAAUAUAUGAGCACAUCAGCAAUUUUACAUUAUUGUAAAUCAAAGAUAUUACUUCCAUAUCUUAAACUUUUAACUAUUAUGGGCUUACGACCGGUGGUCGACGUCUCAAAUUCGUCGGUAUGUGCGAUAUGUUUCUCGCACUUCCAUUCUGCACAAGUAGCUGUGUUUAUGUUCGUCGGGUAUAUUCUUCAGUAUAUGGCCUGUUUCAGACGAGACAGAGGCUUCUGUUAUAAGUUGGUGCCACUAGCUUUAACUUCAUCUUUAGAAUAUGAAACAUAUAAACAAGUAUGUUAUGGAAAUAUCACAUUCACUUAUAUUGGGCCCAGUAUACUGCACUUCAUGGGUUUUAUUUACGCGUUGUAUUUAUUUCGAAUAUCAGACAACGAACAACUGCAAAACUUAAUGGAAAGAGUGUUUCUACUGUCGUCGUACGCGCCGCAAGGCAUGCCCACGACGAAGCCGAAACGACUCCUGCGCAUGCUGUGGAUGUUCAUCAUUCUCAGCGUGCUCUGGAUGUGUCUGUCGCUGUGCUCCGUCAACUUGAUGAUGGCGAAGGGAGCUAUCAUGUUUCGAUGGAUGGAAUCAAGUUCCGAAGACGUGCGGCUGGCCCUGAAGAUCCUGCUAGUGGUGUGCACGCUGAUCCACGACAUGGUGCAGGCCACCAUCAUCACGAGCUACUGCCUGCAGGCGCAGCUGCUGCAGGCGCACCUCAUGUUCCUGCGCGAGCGCCUGCUCCACCGGACCACCUCGCCGCUCAACUGGAUGCGGGAGGUCGCCGAAUUCGAGAAGCUCCUAAAGUACCUGAACGACGACCUAGCGCCGGCGGUGUGCCUGUUCACGAUCGUGAAUAUGUCGUGGGCGGCGUCGGGCGCGCUGUGGCUGCUGAGCCUCGACCGCGUGGACACCGAGACCGAGCCCAUCGCUGGGAUCAGCGUGCUCAACCAGCUGCUGUGGCUGGCCGCUGUCGUUGUGCCUUUUGUGCAGAAAAAAAGGUCCUUUCUGCUGAACCUCGACCGCGUGGACACCGAGACCGAGCCCAUCGCUGGGAUCAGCGUGCUCAACCAGCUGCUGUGGCUGGCCGCUGUCGUCGUGCCUUUUGUGCAGGAAAAAAAGAUUUUAUUAUGGCCCGGUCUGCUAGGCUUGGACCGCGUCGACACCGAGACCGAGCCCAUCGCUGGGAUUAGUAAAAAUUAUCUCAAAAUGUACACGAUCGUGAACAUGUCGUGGGCGGCGUCGGGCGCGCUGUGGCUGCUGAGCCUCGACCGCGUGGACACCGAGACCGAGCCCAUCGCUGGGAUCAGCGUGCUCAACCAGCUGUUGUGGCUGGCCGCUGUCGUUGUUCCUUUUGUGCAGGCUGCGCGGCUAUCAAAGGAAUGCCGGCGAACUCAGUCAGUAGGGCACGAGCUGUGCGUACGACCGUUCCUGCACCAAGAUACGUCGCAGGAAGACAUAAUUACGGUGCUCAUGUACGCCUCAACGCUCAACCUCCAGGCCAAGCUCUUCCACUACCCCAUCGCCGGCCGCUCCGUAUGCCUCAUACUCACGCUCGCCAUCAUCGUACUGUUUUCGCUAGGAAUGUGUCAUUAUUUACAAUGAUCAAUUUAAUACCAUUACUAUUAUAAUUUAUAAUGAUUAAUUUUAAAAUUUUAUCAUUGAUUUAAUUAAUAAUAAAAUAGUUAUAUUUUGUCAAA